GUAAGGAACAAAGAUGCCAUUAUGCUUAACUUUGGAUGAGGAGUCAUUUGAAAACAGUUGUCGUAUUUCCGAUAAAUAUUUAAGCUGAAACAAAUCAACGAUGUCUUCAAUUCAGUAUCUGAGAGGGUUUAUCAACGAGCGACUAACUGUUGCUAUUGACGAAAUAUUCGAGGUCUUUGAAAAAGCUGUUAUCGAUUACGAGAAAGAGAUCGAUCGUCAGCGCAGACUGCUGGAUAUCGUCUGGAAACCCCAAGUAAAGCUACACAGGACAGAGCUGCCUCAGCAAGAUGUCUGUAAGGAGGAGGAGGUUCUGGCUGACCAUCAGCUCUGUGACCAGGAGAGGAACUCCAGUCUGGACCAAGAGGACCCAGAGCCUCCAGAGAAUAAAGAGGAACAGGAGGAACUCUGUAGCAUUCAGGAGGGAGAGCAGCUUGGACUGAAGCAAGAGACCAAUCCCUUUAUGUUGACUCCUACUUAUGAGGACAGUGACCACAGUAAACCAGAACCAGACAGUGACCAGCAGCUCCUCUCUCACAGCUCUCCUGUAGCUGAGAGCCAGGAUCAGAGAGGAAACCAGCAUGUAGACUCAGGAUCAACCAGUCACAGUAGCAAUGUGGACAACUCUCCCAUGUCACAGACUGACUCUGAUCCUACCACAGGUAACAAGUCCUUCAAAUGUGACACUUGUGGGAAAGAAUUUAAGUGCAAGUCGAAUUUGAACCGACAUUUGAGAAUCCACACAGGUGAGAUGCCAUAUGUUUGCAACUUAUGUGGGAAAGGAUUCAGGCGUAGCUCAUAUUUGACUAGACACUUAAGUAUCCACACAGGUGGGAAACCAUAUGUUUGCAAAACAUGUGGGAUAGGAUUCAGGCGUAGCUCAUAUUUGACUAGACACUUAAGCAUCCACACAGGUGAGAAACCAUAUGUUUGCAACACCUGUGGGAAAGGAUUCAGGUGUAGCGCAUAUUUGACUAGACACUUAAUUAUCCACACAAGUGAGAAACCAUAUGUUUGCAACACCUGUGGGAAAGGAUUCAGGCGUAGUGCAUAUUUGACUAGCCACUUAAGUGUCCACACAGGUGAGAAACCAUAUGUUUGCAGCUCCUGUGGGAAGAGUUUCAGACAAAAAGGUAACUUGCAUGAGCACAUGAACAUCCACACUGGUGAGAAGCCAUAUUCCUGUAAAACAUGUGGGAAAGGAUUCAGUCAGAGCUCAACCUUGACUGCUCAUUUAAGAAUCCACACAGGUGAAAGGCCGUUUCCUUGCAGCAUUUGUGGGAAACGUUUCACAUUCAGCAGCACAUUGUGGGUCCACAUGAAAAUCCACACAGGUAUGAAGCCGCAUGUUUGCAACAUCUGUAGGAAAGGAUUCAGAUGGAGGUCAACCUUGUCUGCCCAUUUAAGAACCCACACAGGUGAAAGGCUGUUUCCUUGCAGCACUUGUGGAAAAAGUUUCACACAGAGCGGGGCCUUGCGGGUCCACAUGAAGGUCCACACAGGUGAGAAGUAGGGUAGCAACAGUGUGAGAUUUUCCCAGUAUGAUAACUGUCCUAGAAAAUAUUGUGGUUUCACAGUAUCAUCAUAUAACAUGUUACACCAUUAAUAUUAUUAAAGUAAUUGAAACAGAAUUGUUUCUUAAAUAAAUUGCAAACAGAGUCAGAAGUUAACACCCACCAGGAGCCUAAAACUGGUAGAUUUUCCAUUUAGUGAGUAAAGAAGACCACCUGCCACACUGGUGGGCAAAUGUUUGUAGCAAAAUAGUCAUGGACUAAAACUGUAUCCUGCCCUGCUUCUGUCUGUGUCAGAGUCUGAGACACACACCCAUGUGUGUGAAGACUUGCUCCUGCUCUGCCUCUGGUUGACUUUAUAGUUUGCAUGUUAGCAUCAGUAGUGGAGGAAAUAUUCAGAUCCUUUAUUUAAAGCUACUGAAUGCAACUUGUUCAAAUAUUUUUUUGCUGUAGAAAUCUGCUCUGAAACUUGUCCUGAUGUAGAGAGGUGCUGUUGAAGCCUGUCUACACACUAUUUUUAAGGUAGUCUAGUGCUGAAGUUAUUGUUCAAAAACCUUUUGUUUACAUCCGUGUUUGCUACUUCUUUGCUGUGUUUCUUAGAACAUUAUCACUAACCAUUGAUUAGUAGAUGAUGAUUAACGUUGGGCAGCACGGUGGCACAGUGGUUGGCGCCGUUGCCUCACAGCGAGAAGGUUCCAGGUUCG